UCACCUGGCUAUGACUCUGACUGUGACUCUGACUCACAGAACAAGAAACCUCACUGGGCUCUUGGCUGCAAAAUCUUCAAACUCACCUUCAACUGCAAUGACUUUCUAUGGGAGCUGAGGACACACAGCAACUUGCACAAAGUACUCAGCACAAUGUUAGACUGGGCCAUACAUACGGGCAGCUCUGCUCUGAUGUCCCAGAAGAGUGACUCGUUUUGCGAAUACUCAGGCACAUUUCAAGGAGAGGAAAACAGGCUAUUUCCUAGAUCUCUUCUGCCUCCGAAGCUGAGCCCCCAAUUCCCAUGUGUUCAAGAAUCUUUAUCAGGUGCCAAGGACACUGGUGCUUCAUCCCCCCAGGAGCCUGGAGAUGUCUGUUAGCAACUGACCAUCUCAUUGGGGGACCUCCUCGCCAUGCGUCCUGUUCCAUUGCCAUAGGGAGAUGGACCAUCAACCCAAGAUGGUGUUUAUAUCCAACUUCAGUUCCGUUUCCAGGGCUCUGCUCAAAUAUCUGGCUCUGGAGGUGCACUACAGGGAUUCUUGCUGUUGUUAUAGUUGUGAUCUUGUGUAUUCACCUUGCAGUAAAUAGCUCAUCAGGGAAAGGUUCUUCAGGCUCUCCUCCUCCAGAACCAUGCCCUGCCGACUGGCUGUACCACCAAAGGAAAUGUUACUACUUAUCUGAGACAGAAAAGGACUGGGACUCCAGUCAGAGCUUUUGUUCCUCACACAACAGCUCCCUAACCGUAAUUGAAAACCAGCAGGAACUGAACUUUAUAAUGAAAAUAACAAAGCAAGAUCCGUGGAUUGGACUUCACAAGACAGGAGAAGAAUUCCAUUGGGUAAACGGGACUCCAUUGGCUAGAAAUCUGUUGGCAGUAAAGGGUUCUGGAGAAUGUGCCUAUAUUGAAUCAGAUGGGGUCUCCAGUUCUGGAUGCUCAUUAACCAGGGGUUGGGUCUGUAAAAAAACCUCUUAGCACUCACUCAGCCAAUUAAUGUAAGACCCAGGGUUCAAUUGUCACAGUUCAGGACAACUGCACCUGUACUUCCCCUCAGUGACCCAGCAAGGGCACCUAGUCUCAGGCUUGCUGCAUCUCUCUCCCUUCUGACUGGGGUAUUUCCAAGGCUGCACAGUUCCCUGCCUUUACUGUGUUGUUCCCAGCACAGACAGGUUGCCCAAGGACACCUGCUUGCUUUCUCCUCUGAGACAGUUAGCAGGUGUAAUUGCUACAGUUACAAGAUACCACACAGCACUUCCUAUGACAGCUCACUUUAUUCUUACAGUAAAAAUCAUUACAGAGAAAGCAUUAAAACAAUAAAAGACACUACACACAUGCUACUAAGCUUCCCAGAGUUCACCCUAACAUGGAUUCUGACAGGAGCAGUUCUUCCAUCCCCCUACCCAAUGGAUUUGGUUACAAGUUCAUCACAGCUUCAGUUCAGAACAAGCUCACUAGGGCCAGUCCUUCCAACCCUACCAGAGGUCCUGUCUGUUUCCUGGAUCAGGAAGAAGGCCGUAAAGCUGGUUGAAAAUCAGGCUAUUUAUCCAAAAAUCUUUUUUGUCUGUUGGUCCCUGGAGAGUCCAGUUUGAACUAGUGGAGGUGCACUUCUUGAGGUGAUGGUGUCUCUCUGGAGAUAUUACAACCUGAGUGAAUGUGCCUAAUUACCCCCUGCUGUUCUCUUAUUUAUCCUUCCAUGGAAACGCAUACAAUUCCACAGUAAUACAGACACAGUUACAUCUUAAUACAGUGGACCCCAAAGGUAUUCACCUAUUUCAAUAUGGUCUAGCUUAUUUCAAUAAAGUUCCUUCAGGAUAUUGCAGGAACUUGUCAGUCUGUUAUAUCAACAACAUCUUGAAAGCUAUAAAUGCAAUGUAGCCUCAGUACAUUUACAUACAUUUCAAAGCACUAACAACUGUAGAUUAGCAAAAUUUCUUCCCCAAAACACUAACCCACAACCACCCCACCGGGGUUCAGAAAAGAAGGAGAAAGAUCUAUUAGCCAUGAACUGAGAACUCAGCCACUGGUUUGCUGUGAAUGCUGCUUGUCAGUCUCAUCUCAUCUCAUUGAUUCCUUGUGCUCUCCCCUUCCCCCAAUCUCUUUGGUGUAUCCACCUGUUGUUUCUCAUCCUAUAGUGAGGGUAUGUCUACACUGCAAGCAGAAGUGUGACUGCAGCACGUGUAGACAUACCCGAGUUAGCUUUGAUCUAGCUAGCUCAAAUUACAAUAGCAAUGCAGCCACAGCAGCAUGGGCUGUACAAUCCUGUUGGGGACCUUGGGUAUGCAGUUGAGCUGCUAGCCUGUACUGCUACAGCUUCAGUGCUAUUGUUAUACAACCUAGUUAGAUCAAAGCUACCUCAAGUAUGUCUAUGCUUGCUGCAGUCUCAUUUCUGAUUGCAAUCUGCCCUUAGAGUCUAAGCUCCUUGGCUAGCUAGAUCAAACCAUCUUUUUGUUAUGUUUGUGCAAUGCCUACUACAAUGGGGCCAUUAUCUUUAGGCAUUAUUGCAAUACAAAUAAUUAAUACUACUACUGAGAGUCACUUUCCAACCAGAGGAUGUGAUUCAAAUAAUUCCUGAGACCACACAAGUUUGUAGCACAAGGUUUGGUUCAGGGGCAUCUACUAGGGUCACUUUCACACCCAAAGAACAUGUGCUGGGGAAACAGUUGAAAGGGCUAUUCCAGUCCAGCAGUAAAGUUUAAGGUAGGCAGGUUCCUAUCCAGCUGUGAGCUAGGUAGGAAUGGAAUCUUAGGUUUCUGAGUGAGGGCAUGUCUAUGCUAUGGGUGCUACAGUGGCAGCUCUCCAGCUGGAUCACCAUAGAGUAGAGGCUUCCUACAUUGACAGAAGCAGUUUUUCCAUUGACAUAGGUAAUCUGCCUGCCCUAGCAGUGGUAGCUGGGUUGGUGGAAGAAUUAGGUAAUAAUUGGAGAUAUACCAAUCUCCUAGAACUGGAAGGGACCUUGAAAGGUCAUCAAGUCCAGCCCCCAGCCUUCACUAGCUGGACCAAUUUUUGCCCCAGAUCCCUAAGUGGCCUCCUCAAGGAUUGAACUCACAACCCUGGCUUUAGCAGGCCAAUGGUCAAACCACUGAGCUAUCCCUCCCCCCAAACACAGGGGUAGGUCUUCCUAAACACAGGGGUAGGUCGGUUUACCUAUUGUGCUCAGAAGUAUGACUGAUCUAAAUGUUAAGUGUAGAUCACGGGUCAGUAUAUGAAUCUACUAAUUACUCUGUUGGGACCCUUCUAAGACUAGUGAGGGAUAAAUGAGAGUAAGGUGGC